AUGAUUAUCGAUCAGUUGAAGUCAAUAAACAAUGAUGAUUCUUCGAAAAUUCCCAAUCUCUCUCCAAACAAACUCCCCUUUCAAGUUCUUCAAGAAGAAACAAUUCUUGAGGGAUCAGUUCUUCAAGAAGAAGCGACAAAAACUAUUGUUUUUACAUUACAGCAAUUAGUGUGCGAACACGAAAUCAGAAACAUCCACUGCGCAUGUCAAGAUACCGACGAUCUUAAUCAUUUCGCAUACAUUACCAAGGAGCACCAAACAACAAAUCAUUACUGCCAUGUUUUUCGAGCUCAAAAUACGGACGUAGCAACGGAGAUUAUUUUGACGCUGGGGCAAGCAUUCGAAGUGGCUUAUCAGUUAGCGCUGAAGGAAAACUCAACUAAAACUGCAUCAAAAUUCGUCCACUUCUUGAACAAGUCAGACGACCAGAAAAUCGAGGAAAAGAAGAAAUAUGUCAGUCACAUCACCGUGCAGCUAGUACAGAAAACCGAAAAGGAUGGCGAUUCCGAAGANAAAAUGUUUAAUAAUUAA